AUGGCCAGCCCCCUCUCCUCCUCCUCGUCCUGGAACUCCAGUCUGGAAUUUCUCCGCUCGCUGGUCUGCUCCGAGGGCUGCUCCCCCCGGGUCCCCGGGAAUCUGAGCUCGCUCCGCUCCGAGUCCCCGCCGGCCCCCCCUCCCUUUGCGCUGCCGCUGCUGGUCGCCGUGACGACGGCGUGCGCCCUGCUGUUCGCCGUGGGGCUGGUGGGGAACCUGCUCACCAUGCUGGUGGUGUUGCUGUUCAGAGAGCUGCGCAGCACCACCUACCUGUACCUGUCCAGCAUGGCACUGUCGGACCUCUUCAUAUUCCUUCUCAUGCCUGUCGACCUCUACAAGCGGGAGGAGGUCCUGCUCCCUACUUCCACACACACGAACGACAAAUUCAUCCACUCGAGCCUCGAGGAGGGGGGGCUGGGGAUCAACAGCGACUACAGCAAGAGGACCCUGAUGAGCCUGCACCCCAAUAUCAAGGGAGACGUCACCAGAGCCCCAGGUUCUUUUUUUUUUUUUUUUUUUUUUUUUUCCUCCGUGGUACGUCCUUCUGGGUCGCACCACGACCGAACUGGUGUCGUCGGAACGUCUGUGGCCUUCGUGGGUGGGCUGGACCUGGCCUAUGGCCGCUGGGAUGACCACUGCUACCGACUGACCGACAUGGGCUGUGCUGGGUCAGAGGUGCCUGGGGCAGAGGCACUGCCCAAUGGACAGGAGCCGGGUCCGAAUGGUUCGGAGCGCCAGAACGGGGCCCCGGAGGGCGAGGAGGGACCCCAGGACCUGAGAGACAACAGGAAGCUGUGGCUGGGCAAGGACUACAGCAACUUCAUAGUGAGGGACUGGGUGCAGCUGGACCGGCCCUUUGAAGGUACAGUGUGUGUGUUUGUCUGUCUGUGUCUAUCUGUUUCUCUGUGUGUGUGUCUGUCUCUCUCUCUCUCUAACAGGAUAGACCAAGAUCUCUUGUACAAACACCACUUCUACCCCUGCCUGCUCCCCAAGUCCCACAGCACUGCGGAGCGUUCCUUCAGAGUGCUGGGUUCACAGAGCGCCAGAGUGCAGAUCCUGCGCUCCGUGGAUCGCUGGUCUGCUGGUACCUGUGAGAGCUCCAUUCUGAAAGCCUACAUCGACACCAUCGAGAACAGUCAGCACUACAUCUAUAUAGAGAACCAGUUCUUCAUCAGCUGUGCGGACGGGAAGAGUGUUCAGAACGGAAUCGGAGACGCCAUCGUGAAGCGCAUCCUACGAGCGCACAGUGAGAAUAAGCCUUACCGAGUGUUCAUUGUGCUUCCGUUGCUUCCUGGUUUCGAGGGUGACAUCACCACAGGGGGCGGGAACGCCAUCCAGGCCAUCCUGCACUUCACUUACAGGACAAUGUGCAGAGGGGAGCAGUCUAUCCUGGCACGUCUCAAAGUGCAGAUGCAGGAUCGCUGGAGGGAGUUCAUCUCGUUCUCUGGGCUCCGCUCCCACGCUUGUCUGCAGGACUCUCUCGUCACAGAGCUGAUCUACGUUCACAGCAAGAUGCUCAUCGCUGACGACAGGAAGUACAUCAUCGGCUCAGCGAACAUUAAUGACCGCAGCAUGCUGGGGUCGCGGGACAGCGAGCUGGCUGUGCUGGUGGAGGAUUCGGAGACAGUGCCCUCCCUCAUGGGGGGGCAGGAGUACCAGGCAGGGAGGCUGGCCCUGGCUCUGCGCCUCGAGUGCUUCAGGGUGCUGCUGGGGUCAGACAGUGCCCCCAGUAUCGAUAUCCGUGACCCAAUCAGUGACGAGUUCUUCCAGGGGGUGUGGCAGAAGACAGCAGCGGACAACGCUGAGAUCUACGAGACGGUGUUCCGCUGCCUCCCCUCAAACUCUUUCCCGAGUCUCCGCUCUCUGAAGGACCGCGGCGGCGAGGAGAGGCUGGCCGACGCUGACCCCCAGCGGGCGCAGGAACAGCUGGCCAGGGUCAGGGGUCACCUGGUGCAGUUCCCCCUCGACUUUCUGUCUGAGGAGAGCCUACUUCCUCCCCUGAACAGCAGGGAGGGGAUGAUACCUGUGGAGGUGUGGACGUGAUCGGGGGAGAGGGGAGAGCCUGAUUUCUGUUUGCACUGGAUUGUAAAAAAAACAGGCAUUUGACAGACAGACCGGGGAUGGAUGCAAGACUCCUGCUGCAUCGGAAUUUCACUCAAUCAUUCCAGGUUUUUUUGAUUACCCGUAAUGUGUCUAAGAAACAAUCCUAGUUGUGCCUUAUCAAUCGAGCCCUGCUCAAUCGAGCCCUGCUCAAUCGAGCCCUGCUCAAACUCCUGGCUCCUGACCAAUUCUAAUAAAAAAUCUUUACAUCCCACAAUAGAAAUGUUUAGAACAAGAGGUUAUAAUAAUAAUUUGUAUAUUCUAAUAGAAUUUAAUUUCUUAAAUACAUUCCAUUUUCUGUUUCUAAAGAUUGUUUUGUAACUACUAACCUACUCGAACCCACUGCACCCCAGCACCCUACCCACUGAGCUACUCGAACCCGCUGCACCCCAGCACCCUACUCACUGAGCUGCUCGAAC